AUGAAGGAUGAUGAGAUUAAGGAGAGGUUGACUUUGAGAUUUGUUUCAAUCCCAGAUGGUAUGGGACCUGAAGAUGACAGGAAUGACCUUGCCAGGUUAUGUUUGGCGAUGCUGAGCACCAUGUACUCGGAGUUCGAGAAGCUUCUAGAAAAUAACAAUACUGAAUGUGGUGACAGAAUCACUUGUGUAGUGGCAGAUGUGAGUAUGGCAUGGGCCUUAGAAGUUGCCCAUAAGUUUGGUAUUAACGCUGCUGUCAUCUGUACUGCAUCUGCAGCUCUUUUAGCCUUGAAACUUCAUGCGCCAAAGCUCAUUCAGGAUGGACUCAUAGAUUCUGAUGAUUGGUGGCUUUGUAAUUCCAUUUACGAACUUGAGCCUGGAGCUUUCUCUUUAUACCCCAAGAUCCUGCCCAUUGGUCCAUUAAUGAAGAGCCAUGAGAGCUUAAGUACUCAGUCACUUGGACAAUUCUGGGAAGAGGACAAAUCAUGCUUGAAAUGGCUAGAUCAGCAGCCUCCUUGUUCUGUCAUAUACGUUGCCUUUGGCAGCUUCACUGAGUUCAAUACAAGCCAGUUUCAAGAGCUAGCUCUUGGACUUGAGCUUACUCAAAGGCCUUUUCUUUGGGUUGUUAGGGAAAAUGACAAAAGAUAA